GCGGGGGCAGGACCAGUGCGUACAGGUAGAAAUCAUGUAAUAUAAUGCCUAUGGACCAGCGGGGCUCAUGUUGGUCAGCUGGUGAGACUUGACAGGCGGUUAUCGGAGCUGAGCCAGCGGGAAAAUGUCUACGCACCUGUACCAGCUGAGCACUAAACUACUCGGGGACACCAUCGGCAGAAUGAACGACAACCUGACCUCCAUCGUUCUGGCGGCUUCUGCCAUCACGCUCGCCCUGGGAUACGUUUCUAAAGUGAUGCUCAAACAGAGCAGCGCUGAAAAGCAUCUGAAGUAUCCUCCUUACAUUCCCUCCUACAUCCCCUUCCUGGGUCAUGCCAUUGCGUUUGGGAAAAGCCCCAUUGAAUUUCUGGAAAAUGCGUACGAAAAGUACGGACCUGUGUUCAGUUUCACCAUGGUGGGGAAGACAUUCACAUACUUGCUGGGCAGCGAAGCAGCCUCUCUGAUGUUCAACAGCAAGAACGAAGACCUGAACGCGGAGGACGUCUACUCCAGACUGACGACUCCUGUGUUUGGCAAAGGCGUAGCCUACGAUGUUCCAAACCCCAUCUUUCUAGAGCAGAAGAAGAUGCUGAAGAGUGGCCUUAACAUCGCACAGCUUAAAGAACAUGUCAAGAUUAUCGAGGCUGAGACCAUAGACUACUUUAAGAGAUGGGGAGACUGCGGAGAGAGAAACUUGUUCGAAGCCCUGUCUGAGCUGAUCAUCCUGACGGCCAGCAGCUGCCUCCACGGGAAGGAGAUCCGCAGCCUGCUGAACGAGCGGGUGGCCCAGCUGUACGCCGACCUGGACGGAGGCUUCACCCACAUGGCCUGGCUUCUGCCCGGCUGGCUGCCUCUGCCCAGCUUCAGGAAAAGGGACAGAGCUCACAGAGAGAUCAAGAACAUCUUCACCAAGGUGAUUCAGAAGCGCCGCAGCUCUGGGGAGCCCGUGGACGACUUCCUGCAGACCCUCAUAGACGCUACAUACAAAGAUGGACGGCCCCUGGACGAUAACGAGAUCGCGGGGAUGCUGAUCGGUCUCCUCCUGGCGGGUCAGCACACGUCCUCCACCACCAGCGCUUGGAUGGGUUUCUUCCUGGCCAAAGACAAAGCCCUGCAGGAUCGCUGCUACGCCGAGCAGAAGGCGGCGUGCGGGGAACACCUCCCUCCUCUCGACUUCGAUCAGCUGAAGGACCUGAACCUGUUGGAGCGGUGUCUAAAGGAGACUCUGCGUCUUCGCCCGCCUAUCAUGACCAUGAUGAGAAUGGCUCGUUCUCCUCAGGCUGCAGCAGGAUACACCAUCCCUGUUGGUCACCAAGUCUGCGUCUCCCCGACCGUCAACCACCGCCUGCGCGACACGUGGGUGAAGAGGAUGGAGUUCAGCCCUGAGCGGUACAUCAGUGACAAUGUAGCGGCAGGGGAGAAGUUUGCCUAUGUGCCCUUUGGAGCAGGCCGUCACCGCUGCAUCGGGGAGAACUUUGCCUACGUCCAGAUCAAAACCAUCUGGUCUACUUUACUGCGCAUGUACGAGUUCGACCUGGUGGACGGAUAUUUCCCCACAAUCAACUACACCACAAUGAUCCACACCCCUCACAAGCCCAUCAUUAGGUACAGGAGGAGGAAACCGUGAGAGACUGGAGGCAGACAACGAAAGGAACAGAGUGACGACACAAGGAAACGUGCAUCUCUAGACUCCCUGCACACGUGUUUUGGAAAAUGUAGACUUAGUGGUGUGUGCUUCCUUUAUUUUUCCUAAACGUCAACCUGUGCUUCAUUUUUAAAUGUGUGUUCUCUGACUGGACACUAAUCCUCAUAUUCACAAUGUGAAUUCUUAACAAAAAACAAAUAAAUAAAACAGUGCCUUGCUGUUGUUCAGGAAUUAAGCUUGUGGGACUAGCAAUUUAUUUACAUCAUUUUUAGAUUAGACCCAAUUAAGAUGAAAGUAAAAUUUAGUCAUGUUUGUCAUCAGCAGAUGUAGUUUGCAAUUGUUGAUGUUAAAUGAUCACAAUGAUGAUUUGCCUUUAUAACAAAUUUUUACCAAAGGCAAAGUGUACUUAGUUUAAAAAAGUAAUGAAACAUUUCCCAUCAAUAUCUGAAGAUCUAAUGUUCUUGGUGUUUGGACCAUGUGACCUUGUCAUAAACAAUGUAAUUAAUGACUUACCAUGCAGGGGGUGGGGCCUUAAUGACCUUCUGUAUCAUAAUAAUGACCUUCAUGGAUGUGACUGCUCAAUUAUAACUAAUAAAACUCCAUUUGUGCUUUUCUAA